AUGUUUUCUCUUAAAUUCUUCCACAAUGAAAAAAAUAAAGUCUCCACAAUGCUCCCAACAAAACAUUGUAAUUUAGACACAUAUCACAUGAUGGUUGUCUCAAAAUAUUUAAUUACAAUUAAAGACUUUAUUACUCUUCAAAUGGUCUCUCAUAAAUAUCAAGACUUUAUGGAACUUUUUCACUUCAAUCCAGUUCCAGUCACAGAAAAGACUUUAAAGUACUUCCCCAACAUAGAAACACUCAAUCUUUGGAGUGAUAAAGUUGACACUUUUGGUAAUAUAAUUUACAUCCACAAGUACCCAUAUAAGCCUCGUGAAUCAGACGAUUACGAUGACAGUCGUUUUAGAAACUUUACUGAAAAACAGUUAUACGAAUUUAAACACGGCUUUAUUAACAAAAUAGGCACAAAGACAACAUUAAAAAUGAACUUUUUCAAAAUCAAUAUUUGGUUUGAAGUUAACUAUCAAACAGUUUUGGACAAUGAAAAGAACGAAGAAAUACCUAAAGAAACAAAACUUUUGUUUGGGAAUGUAGUUUAUACUAAAAAGGAUAGAAAACACCAUACAAUAGAAAUCCCAGUCGACAACAAAACACUGAAAAGGGUCUCUUAUAUAAUUACACAAAUAGGAGACAGAUGUUUACGAGGACUUGUUUUAAACUGCUAUGAGAUUCCAAACGGUGUCACAAGACUUUGCUCGAGUUCAUUUGAAUAUGUUUCUGCACUCAAAAUUAUUCAAUUUCCAAAGGGAAUUUUGUCAUUUGAGUCAUACUCAUUUGCUAGAUGCAACAGUUUAGAGUCAGUAGAGAUCCCAGACAGUGUCACGUUUAUUGGAGAAUACUGUUUUACAAGUUGCCAAAAACUGUCACGUAUACAAAUUGGGAAAAAUGUGAAAACACUUGAAAAUGGGACUUUUGAGUAUUUACCCGUUUUGGAACAAAUUGUUGUACCAUCAAAUGUCGAUGUGAUUAAAAGAAAUUGUUUUGAUGGGUGCAAAGCACUCAAAAGUGUUAUAGUGGAAAACAAAAAGUGCUGUAUCGAUGAACGUUUAUUCACAAGAUGUUCCAAUUUGAAAAAUAUACAAAAUUAA